AAGAGAUCGAGCAUAGUAAUAUUCGCAUCGGACUCCCGGGCAGACCUCUACUUAGACCCGCGGCCGCCGCGCCAUUUCCGCACACCACCACAGCUCCCGUUCCCAGCUUCUGUAGAGCAGUGCGUCGCGUCAGGGGACUUCUCCUCGGUGCACAGCGGCGCCGGCGUCAUGGCACGGAGGCCAGAGCAGCUAAAUGUGCUGAGCGCGCUGGAUGUGGCCAAGACGCAGUGCUACCACUUCACGGCCAUCGUGGUCGCCGGCAUGGGCUUCUUCACGGACGCUUACGACCUCUUCUGCAUCUCCCUCGUCACCAAGCUGCUGGGCCGCAUCUACUACACGGACACCGCCAAGCCCGACCCGGGCUCUCUCCCGCCCAACGUCGCCAUGGCCGCCAACGGCGUCGCCUUCUGCGGCACGUUCGCCGGCCAGCUAUUCUUCGGCUGGCUCGGGGACAAGCUCGGCCGCAAGAGCGUCUACGGCAUGACGCUGAUGCUCAUGGUCAUCUGCUCCAUCGCGUCGGGGCUCUCGUUUGGCCACACGCCCACGGGGGUCAUGUCCACGCUCUGCUUCUUCCGGUUCUGGCUCUGGUUCGGCAUUGGCGGCGACUACCCGCUCUCGGCGACCAUCAUGUCCGAGUACGCCAACAAGAAGACCCGCGGCGCGUUCAUCGCCGCCGUGUUCUCCAUGCAGGGCUUCGGUAUCCUUGCCGGCGGUAUUGUCACGCUCAUCAUCUCCGCCGCCUUCCGCGCCGGGUACCCGGCCCCGGCGUACCAGGACAACGCCCUCGCGUCCACCAUAUCGCAGGCCGACUACGUUUGGCGCAUCAUCCUCAUGCUCGGCGCCGUGCCGGCGCUGCUCACCUACUACUGGCGGAUGAAGAUGCCGGAGACGGCGCGGUACACAGCGCUCGUGGCCAAGAACGCCAAGCAGGCCGCCGCCGACAUGUCCAAGGUGCUCCAUACAGAGAUCGUGGAGGAGCAGGAUAAGCUGGAGGAUAUGGUCACCGCCCGGAGCAACAGCUUCGGACUCUUCUCCCGGGAGUUCGCGCGCCGGCACGGCCUCCACCUCGUCGGCACGGCCACCACCUGGUUCCUCCUCGACAUCGCCUUCUACAGCCAGAACCUGUUCCAGAAGGACAUCUUCACCAGCAUCAACUGGAUCCCCAAGGCGCGCACCAUGAGCGCGCUUGAGGAGGUGUUCCGCAUCUCUCGCGCCCAGACGCUCAUCGCGCUCUGCGGCACCGUGCCCGGGUACUGGUUCACCGUCGCGCUCAUUGACAUCGUCGGCCGCUUCGCCAUCCAGCUAAUGGGCUUCUUCAUGAUGACCGUCUUCAUGCUCGGCCUCGCAGUGCCGUACCACCACUGGACGACGCCCGGCAACCACAUCGGGUUCGUGGUCAUGUACGCCUUCACCUUCUUCUUCGCCAACUUCGGACCCAACAGCACCACCUUCAUCGUGCCGGCCGAGAUCUUCCCGGCGCGGCUGCGGUCCACGUGCCACGGCAUCUCGGCGGCCGCGGGGAAGGCCGGCGCCAUCGUCGGGGCGUUCGGGUUCCUGUACGCGGCACAGGACCCCCACAAGCCGGACGCCGGGUACAAGCCCGGGAUCGGCGUGCGCAACUCGCUGUUCGUGCUCGCCGGGUUCAGCAUGCUCGGGUUCGUCCUCACGUUCCUCGUGCCGGAGGCCAAGGGGAAGUCGCUCGAGGAGAUGUCCGGCGAGGCCGACGACGGCGAGGCGGAGGCUGGCAGCGCCGUGCGGCCGUCGUUAUCCCAGAUAGCGUAGAACGUGGCGACGCGUGUAGGGGUGCAUAUGGAGAGACGUAUAGCUCGGUUUCACGUUUUCCGAUUGAAGUCAAAGCUUGUGUUUUGUUGGGCAGUAAGUACUCCCUCAGGUUAAAAAUAAAUAUCGUUUUAGAUAUUUAUAAAGUUUUUAAAAUACUAUUUUAUUUAUUA